AUGAUGGAACUUCCUGACCGAAUGUUUGCCGAUGGUGAAGAACCAGUUGGCGUUCGCGUUCUUGCUUAUCAUCCUUCGAGUGGAAUCCGGAAAAUCCUAAGAACUUUGUCCGACGAGGAAAUCCAAUUCAUCAAAGCUUCUACCUUUGGGAAAUUUAUAGAUCUAGCAGACAAACCCGCGUUCUCUGGGAGGUUUGCUCGAUAUAUUCUUUCAACACAACUUAAGGUAAAAAAGAAGCACGAAGUUUGGUUUCGUUUUGCUGGAAACCCGGUUAGGUUUUCUUUAAGAGAAUUCGCUGCUGUGAAUGGCUUACCAUGUGGGAAGUUUCCAAAAAAAUCUAGGAAAAACAAGAAAGAACUACUUGCAGAAACUCCCUAUUGGCCUACUCUAUUUGGUGGUGCUGAAGUUGUUAGUGUUUCAUCGGUCAUUAGAAUGCUACGAAAGAAAACAGUAGUGGAUAAAGAUAUUAGGAUUAAGUAUGCUCUGCUUGCUCUGGUUUCAUCUGUAUUGAUGCCGACUAAUUUGAAGUCUAAGAUUCCAAAAGAGUAUGUAGAGAUGAUCAAAGAUUUAGACGAAUUCUUUUCGUUUCCUUGGGGCCGACUUGCUUUUGAUAUGCUAAUGACUAGCAUAAAGGAGAAAGAUGAGAUAGCGCUUUGUCAGAAUACAUUCGCUCUUAAAGGUUUUGUUCACGCUAUACAAUUGGUGAUGGUUGAAGCGGUGCCGGCUCUAACAGAGGUUGUUCAAGAGGCUGCUUCAUCUUCAGACACAGACUCAGAUAGGGAAGAAGAUGAUCUUCACGAGAAGCAUAAUAAGCGACUGACAUUAAGCCCAGGACAUGCUAGAGAUGUUGAUCAGAAAUGCGAGGUUCCUGUAAAAUGUAUUAACGAAGACAAGGCUUCCUCUGGUGUGGAAGAUGAAGAGGAUGAUUACUCUGACGAGAAAAUAGAUGCAAAAGUUGAAAACAUUUUGCGUCUAUACAGCGAAAAACAUUGUUUCAACAACUCAAUGUUCAAGAGGGGAUUAGCAAUGGCUGAUGUUGAACAAAUGGGUAGCAAGGGAAAGAGCAAGAAGAGAGCAACAAAAGCUACUAAGAAAGCGGUGCCCAAAGAAUCUGGCUCGGACGAGAGGUUUGCUACUCUUCUAUAUGACAAGAUGAAGCCAGAAAUUUCUAAAUUUCGAGAGAUGGCCAAGAAUAUAAAUGCCACUGUCAAAGUUGCUGGUCAAGAAUUUGCUUCGAUGGAGUCUCGGGUAGGAAGUCUUGUGGAAAAUAAGAUCAAGGAUAUGAUAGAGUUUGUUAUGGUUCCAAUGGUAGAGCAAAGAUUUUUUCGGUUCAAAGAAGAUAUCAUCCAGGGUAUUGAAAGCAUUAUCAAGAAUCAACAUGAGGAUCCGGUUAUCAAUUCGAAAGGGCAGCCAUCUACUAUGCCACACUGUGACAACACGGAUCAGCCGUGCUACGAUAUCGAAAAUAGUCAAGGAAGAAAGGAAACAUUUUCUCAAGAUGAAACAACACAUUCUGCGGAAGAUAAUUUGCAUGAACUCCCAACAAGAGGUCUACCGUCUGAUAUAACUGGAUUAGCUCCCAAUCCUGAUGCAACAUCGGAAGAAAAUGAAAGGGAUCAUCAUCCAGCAUCAGAGCCGGAUAAAGUUUCCUCUCCAGUUAAUAUGUCUGACAUGGAAUUGUUCCCUGUUUCUGAGAUUCCGUCGUUCUCCCUUGGUUUGUCUCAGGAUGAUAACAAUGAGGACCUGGUGAACGGGUCAGCUGCUGAACAAGUCGCAGCAGAAAAAAGUAAUAAUUUUGAACUACAAGACUGCAGGAGAGGCAAAAGACAAAAAACCGUUACCCAUGGUCUCGUUGACGUUUUCCAGUGUAGUCCAGAUAUACUAAACAGAGCAAGGGAUGCCCAAAUGGUUGUUUAUGGGAAAGCUGAUUCUUGGGAGUAUACACAAAAGUAUACUAAACUUGCCCAAAAGCUCAAAUCCCAAUUUGUUAUCAAUAUCGGAGGGUGUAAUGUUUCAACCAAAGACAUUGUGGAUAUUGUCGAAAGGGCCAGGCUGUACUCUUCAAAGGUGAUGGACAUCCUUAUGAAGCAUCUUAGCUUGUCAUAUGCUAAACAGUCUCUACCAGUUCAGGGCAAAAGAUCGGUAUUUUUUAAUACAAAGUUCGUUGCCUCAUUGUCUACCAGUUACCUGAAAUUCUCCAAAGUAUCGGAUAAGGAAACCCAUAUGCUUACCAAGAGUCUUGUGGACGUGUUUGGAGAGGUCAUGGUUCAUCUUCCUGAUGACUAUCGUUUCUACUUCCCUUUUAAUCUUGAUAAAAAACAUUGGGUCGGCUUGUGUGUGGAUCCAUCUGCUUGGCUGAUCACAGUUAUUGAUUGCAACACCGCGCUCAGGAGUGAAGCUUUGAUCAGUUCUGAAUUCAAGCCACUAUCGGAGAUGUUUCCUUACCUAAUGAGACAAGCUGGAUUCCGAAUUUCGAAUUCUCAGCUUAGACCAAUGGUUGUUGAACGAGCAAAAUCCAUUCCGCAGAACAUCAUCUCAGCUGAUUCUUCUCUAACGUCCGUUCUACUGAUGCAAACACAUGCUCUUUCUGGAAUUGAAACUUGUCGUUGUAUCACUCCACAUAUUUUAGCUUCUGAGGCGCAAAGGGUGGCUGUUCUUCUAUAUGAGUACCACAUGAAACUCUAA